UGAUAAAAGUCAGAAAACAAAAAUUGUUGAUUGAUUUAAAGAAAAAAAAGAAAGAGAAUUCUAAUAAAUUUUACUAAAUAUAUAAUAAAUCUUUUUAUUAACAAGAAUUUUAACUAAAUAAAUAUUAAAUUAUUAGUUUUAUAAAAUGUCUGACAAUGAUGAUGAUUUUAUGUGUGAGGACGAUGAAGAUUAUGGUUUGGAAUAUUCAGAAGAUAGCAAUUCUGAACCAGAUGUUGAUUUAGAAAAUCAAUAUUACAACAGCAAAGCGCUUAAAGAAGAAGAACCAUUAGCUGCCCUACAAUCAUUUCAAAAAGUGUUAGAUCUUGAAAAUGGCGAAAAGGGGGAAUGGGGUUUUAGAGCUUUGAAACAAAUGAUCAAAAUAAAUUUCAAAUUGCAAAAUUAUGGUGAAAUGAUGACACGAUAUAAGCAGUUGCUCACUUAUAUUAAAAGCGCAGUAACACGAAAUCAUUCUGAAAAAUCAAUUAAUUCUAUCUUGGAUUACAUUUCGACUUCAAAAAAUAUGGAGUUGUUGCAAAAUUUUUAUGAAACAACAUUAGAAGCACUAAAGGACGCUAAAAAUGAUCGUCUAUGGUUUAAAACAAAUACGAAAUUGGGAAAAUUGUAUUUUGAUAGAAAUGAUUUUGGGAAAUUACAGAAAAUAUUGAAACAAUUACACCAAUCUUGUCAGACUGAUGAUGGAGAAGAUGAUCUGAAAAAAGGUACUCAAUUACUUGAAAUUUAUGCCUUAGAAAUUCAGAUGUACACAGUCCAAAAAAAUAAUAAGAAACUAAAAGCUUUAUAUGAGCAAUCUUUGCACAUUAAGUCUGCUAUACCGCAUCCUUUAAUAAUGGGCGUUAUACGUGAAUGUGGUGGAAAAAUGCAUUUACGUGAAGGGGAAUUUGAAAAGGCUCAUACUGAUUUCUUUGAAGCUUUUAAAAAUUAUGAUGAAUCGGGUUCACCGAGACGCACAACAUGUUUAAAAUAUUUAGUUUUAGCUAAUAUGUUGAUGAAAUCUGGAAUAAAUCCAUUUGAUUCCCAAGAAGCCAAACCGUAUAAAAAUGAUCCAGAGAUUUUAGCAAUGACUAAUCUAGUUGUUUCUUAUCAAAAUAAUGAUAUCAGUGAAUUCGAAUCUAUUUUACGCCACAACCGAAGCAAUAUUAUGGCUGACCCAUUUAUUAAGGAACAUAUAGAAGAUUUAUUGAGAAAUAUUCGCACACAAGUGUUAAUUAAAUUGAUUCGCCCUUAUACAAGUAUUAGAAUACCGUUUAUAUCGAACGUCUUAAAUAUUGAACCUGCUGAAGUUGAAAGUUUAAUGGUUUCUUGUAUUUUGGACAACACUAUUCAAGGGAGAAUCGAUCAAGUUAAUCAAGUCUUAAAACUAGAUAAAGAAACAAGAUGUGCGGCGCGCUAUAACGCUAUGGAUAGAUGGGCAAAUCAAAUAAAUUCUCUACAAUUGGCAGUAAAUAAUAGAAUGGCAUAAAAUUAAUAUACAUCGCCUAAAAUUUAUCAAAUUGAAAUUUUGUUAAUAAAAGAAUUUUAAGAAUUUGAGCUUCUAGAUAAUUUUAUUAAUUAAGUAAAAAUUACAAAAAAAAUGAAAUAUAAUUAAUAAGGUUAGAGUUGGCUAUUGUCAUUUUGUGUAGAAGUGAUCAUAGAUCCAAUCAUAUUAAAAUGAUCAUAACAUGGUGUUUGAGCAACACAUACUUCUUCCGAACAAAAUGCUAAUUCAAUUUCAUUGAUAAGGUUAUAGUUUUCUUCCUCUGGUCCUAACAAAUCUUCUGUAUUAACUAAAGUAUUUGGCGUGUUGAUGACAGUUAUUUGCGAUAAAUCAGAUUCAACAUCACUCUCUG